AAAUCGAAAGGUUUUCUGUUAGAAAAUGUCACGGUAAACGAUACCGAGUACCAUAUACUUAUCAAAGGGCUCGAUAUGGCCAUCGAGAUGAAGUUACAAAAUUUGGUCGCAGUCGGAGAUUCUCGAAUAGUUAUUCAACAGGUUCAAGGACUGAUCAAUUGCAAUCAACCACAUCUCCAAACGCAUCUUGCCAAAGUUGAGCUAUUGAAAGAGAAGUUCGGAUCGCUACGCCUGGUACAUCUGAAGCGGGAAUACAAUCAGGCUGCUGAUUAUCUGACCACGAAGACUUUGAUUCUGGAUGAGUCAUGGGACGUUACGGACACGGCCGAAAUCGCGCAUUUAGAGCACGUAUCAAAGAUUGGGAAACUCAUGAAAGUGGAAGACUCCGAGUUGAACUCUGGUGUUGAUCCGACUUCUGGAGAAACACUGUCAAGGAACGUUGCACCGCCUACUGCGGAGUCAGCUCCACUGACAAAAUCAGCCCGCGUGCUCGCAGUAGUAAGGCGUUCCAGAAGCCAAGUCGAAUCCACUUCGAGAAACCGACCUAUGGACCCUUUGGAAUUCCAAGCUGAACGAUGGCGACGUAUCCGAGUGCAUCAGGACGCAGAUGAGUACCUGUCGGAGAUCAAAGAUUUUCUGAAGGAGAACUUCGAGAAGUUUUCACCCCGGAGACUGAAGAAGGUCACCAAGGUUGCCGAUCUAUUCGUACUGGACACUAGAGAUGUGUUGUAUCGACUAGCUCGCUCAACUCGCGAUCGCCCUCGCGACUUUCAGGAUGAACCUCGACUCGUUGUUCCAAAAGCUCUCAGGGAUGAUGUCUUACAUUAUGGCCACGAAGACUUUCAAGGAGGCCACCAAGGCAUCACCAGGACGCAUAAGAGGUUCUAUUGGCCUGGGAUGUACGCGGAUGUUGAACACUUUGUGAAGGAGUGUGUUGAUUGCGCGAGUGGAAAAGGGAAACCUCCAAACGCCGGACCAUCGCCCGGGAAUAUCGAACCCCGACAACCUUUCGAAGUGGUUUCGAUGGACUUUGUGACGCAUAUGCCAAAGUCUGACCGAGGAAAUACGUUUUUGCUACUAUUCCAGGAUAUGUUUUCGGGUAAUGUGAUGUGCAAGCCGAUGAACUCAACCACCGCUCAGGACGUUGCAGAGGCGUAUGAAGAACGAGUAUUCCGGAACUUCGGAGCAAGUUCGAUGAUCCGGCAUGAUUCAAUGAUUCGGCACGAUCAAGACCCCCGUUUUAUGAGCGAAGUGUUUACUCGUUUUCGGGAACUCCUGAAUUGUCGUCAGAGAGCCAGUUUGGGAUGCCGACCUCAAGCAAAUGGAUAA